AUGUCUUUAGUGUAUAUAAAUAUUAUAAUUGCAUUUUCAGUCUCCUUACUAGGCCUCCUGAUAUUCCGGUCUCACCUGAUAUCAUCCCUAUUGUGUCUAGAAGGCAUAAUAUUAGCCCUAUUUAUUCUAAGCACUAUCAUAAUCCUAAAUAUCCACUUCACCCUAGCCAGCAUGCUCCCAAUCAUUCUUCUAGUAUUUGCCGCAUGCGAAGCCGCCAUUGGCCUCUCACUUCUAGUAAUAGUAUCAAACACAUACGGUGUAGACUACGUGCAGAAUUUAAAUCUGUUACAAUGUUAA